CGGAGGGCGGUUUAAUGGUCGGGGCCUGUGAAGGGCACGGGAAGUGACUGAGUGAAGGUGAGAGUUGGUCGUGAGGUGUAUGUGAAGCUGGUGCCUGGCCCCGUUUGAGUGAGGAGAGAGGAUGGCAGGUCAUGAUGCUGGUAGCCAGCACCAGUUCACUGGCUUCCAGAAGUACUUCAAUUCUUACACCAUCACUGGGAGGAGGAAUUAUGUGAUAGCAACAUACACUGGGAUCGCAGCAAUUUGUUUAUUCUUCAAAUUAAGAUCAAAAAAGAAGACGCCACCAGCGAUCACGGAACAAAAAUGAUGUGAUUCUCCAUAAGACAGUGCUACUGGAGUUUAAGGACCAUUGUGUGGAAUCUGAGAGAAUGCUUGAAACGCCUACAAUCGUGUCAUAGUGAUGUUAUAAGUUAUCAGCCUUCACAAAUAAAACUUGUGGGACUCCA